GUUGGAUGGACACUGAAGGACCAGAGGCCAGAGCCUGCCAGUCACACCUGUCAGAUCAGAACCAGAGCAGCAUGGUACGAUAGCACAUCAAAACACACAUUAUGUCCCAGCAUUCGAGUGUCCCACAUAACACCACACAUCAUGCACAGAAGAGCCAUCACAGCUUUCAGUCAGAACCUCAAAGGCCUGAUGAUUCAGAGGAGAGCCAACAUGGCUGUUUAUCUACAUACAUGAAUCUAAAUCAGGCAUUGUACAAUGUAUUGAUUAGAUCAAAUUACUAAUUAUAGAUCACCACUGAGCCACAAAGGGGCAGUUAAAGAGCCUCAAUGUGGCUCUGGACCUGCAGGUUCCAGACCCCUAUACUAAGACAAUCUGUACUGAGACAAUCUGUACUGAAGUCCAUAUAGUGCAUAGACAUCAAAGUAAAAUGUUAUUGAUUACAUGAUUCCCAGCUCGAAAUGUAUUAUGGGGCUUGAAAAUUGUGAAAUUGAAAAUGUUUGGAAAUGAUCUACAGUAGUGAUGUUUUAGGGGAAACCAGAAAACAUCAGAUAAGGAGGCAUAUUUUUCUCAUGAGGAAGCAUUUGUCUCAUGGAAAACGAGACAUGAGAACGAAUGAGGAGCGCUGUGUGAGGAGAGGGACUAUAUAUCUAGGAGGCUGGACAUUUUAACCCUGGUGUCUUCACUCAAACAGUCAACUUCCGUCAUUGCUGCAUGCGUUUCUCUAGUCUAGGCGAUCAAGCUGUAUAAUUGUGUGACACAGCAUAUGAGGUUCGCCACUUAUUGGCUAGCUAUUGUUAGAUCCAAAGGCUGAGUGAAGAGGCAAUCUAUCUGGCUCUGAUAUUAGUAAGUGCUCCACAAUGUGCUCUUCCUGGUUUGAGACAGAAGAAGCCUUUUCAGCCAUUUACCGCCAAAAUGCUGUGUAAGCUCUUUGGGAAAACGCAAGGAAACGGAUGGCAAGAUUCUGCAUGACUCUCAACCCCCACCCCCCCACACCCGCUGCUGCGUGUCCUGGCAUUUGGUGGGAAAUGUAAAAGUCAAUGAAUAUGUAUACAUACUCAUAAAACCUAUUGAGGGGGGCUUUCCGUUCAUUCCGUGUGCUGUUGUUGACCCUUGACCCGCUCCGUGGUACCUGCCAGCUUAAUGCACACUUGGCAGACCGGCCCAUUAGUCCAGUUGAUUCCCAGGCUAAACACAUCGCUGGCCUAUUUUAAGCAACAGUGGUGCGAGAUGGGGACAUAUUUAGACACAUUUAGUCACUCCAGAUACUCAAGCAAUCCCAUAUCUGGAGGCACGUACAGGUACACCAUUGACGCUGAAGUCAUCAUCUCUCACUCCAGUGAGUCGCUGGGAGGACUAAGAUGCACCUCUGAAGUCCAAGUCAUGAAAAUGCUUGACUUUGUCUGUGAUGACAAUGACCUUAGUGAUGAGGGUCAAAGGGCCUGAACCCCAAAAGGUUCAAAAACAUAUUCAAACCAAUUUUUUGAGACAAUUUUUAGGGAUUUGUGGUAACACACACUGUUGUGCCAUUGACUGAGAUAGCUAAGCACAGUUGACAAUGAACUGACAUAUUUAUUUUCCGAGACUUGGUCUGGGUGAGCAGCCUUGCUUACGUCUUCCCAUAACGCUACACCUUUAAACACCUCCGCCCUCCUCCUCUUCCUUCCCUGCGUGUGAGGACCGGCAGCGUAGCUUGGACCCGUCACAGAGUGACUCAGGCCACUCUUCCAUUUGAAAAAUUAAAAGGGGGCCAUUUGGCAGAGUUAAAUGAAGCCCUGGUGAAAUAUGCUGAGCUCAGCACAGCUCCUAGAAGCUCAAUCACAAAGGAGGCACGCUGAUGUAAUGGCCGCCACUGCAUCUGCCUUGGCAGGGGAGGAGGGCUCGUCAGCACAGCUCCUUUAAUUAAUCUCCCCCAGAUCAAGGGUACAUCAGAUAUCAUUAACAGAGUCUAGGCUCUCAGUGUCCAGCCGUUUCAACCAAAAAAAAACAGGGGUGAGCAGAGAGAGAGAGAAAGAGAAAGAGAGAGAGAGAGAGAUUCAAAGAGUGAUCAAAUAAACCCUGCAUCCAUGUGCCUGUUCAUGUUGUAUACCACACUCACCUGUGUUCACUGCUGUUAUAAUAGGCUUACAGAGCACGUGUCAUGACCAUGAUGUUCAUGUUGCACAUUGUGAUUCAAAAGUAGCCUAUACUGUUGUUAGGCCUAUCCCUGCUUUGAUUGGAGUGAUGCAAGUUCAUUUUGGUGUAGUUAGUUUUCCUUCAAGAGUCAUUUUGUCUAUUCAGAAUCCAAAAUAUCCAGGUUUAAUUUGAUGGCAGCUCAACAAUAUUGAAUUGACAAUACCUAUUUUUUGUAGCUCUGACUGACCCAGCAGGCCUUAGUGAUAAAACACCUUUCAAAGGAAUUCUGUACAGUCGUGGUCAAAAGUUUUGAGAAUGACACAAGUAUUGGUCUUCACAAAGUUUGCUGCUUCAGCGUUUUUAGAUAUUUUUGUCAGAUGUUACUAUGGUAUACUGAAGUAUAAUUACAAACAUUCCAUAAGUGUCAAAGGCUUUUAUUGACAAUUACAUUAAGUUUAUGCAAAGAGUCAAUAUUUGACCCUUCUUUUUCAAGACCUCUGCAAUCCGCCCUGGCAUGCUGUCCCAAAAUGUCGAUGUUUUGUUCCCCGAGCCACUUAGUUAUCACUUUUGCCUUUUGGCAAGGUGCUCCAUCAUGCUGGAAAAGGCAUUGUUCGUCACCAAACUGUUCUUGGAUGGUUCGGAGAAGUUGCUCUCGGAGGAUGUGUUGGUACCAUUCUUUAUUCAUGGCUGUGUUCUUAGGCAAAAUUGUGAGUGAGCCCACUCCCUUGGCUGAGAAGCAACCCCACACAUGAAUGGUCUCAGGAUGCUUUACUGUUGGCAUGACACAGGACUAAUGGUAGCGCUCACCUUGUCUUCUCCGGACAAGCUUUUUUCCGGAUGCCCCAAACAAUCGGAAAGGGGAUUCAUCAGAGAAAAUGACUUUACCCCAGUCCUCAGCAGUCCAAUCCCUGUACCUUUUGCAGAAUAUCAGUCUGUCCCUGAUGUUUUUCCUGGUGAGAAGUGGCUUCCUCGCUGCCCUUCUUGACACCAGGCCAUCCUAAAAAAAUAUUGUGCAGAUGCACUCACACCUGCCUGCUGCCAUUCCUGAGCAAGCUCUGCACUGGUGGUGCCCUGAUCCCGCAGCUGAAUCAACUUUAGGAGACGGUCCUGGCGUUUGCUGGACUUUCUUGGGCGCCCUGAAGCCUUCUUCACCACAAUUGAACCUCUCUCUUUGAAGUUCUUGAUGAUCCGAUAAAUGGUUGAUUUAGGUGCAAUCUUACUAGCAGCAAUAUCCUUGCCUGCACGUGUUUCCUUGCAGGUAACCAUGGUUAACAGAGGAAGAACAAUGAUUUCAAGCACCACCCUCCUUUUAAAGCUUCCAGUCUGUUAUUCUAACACAAUCAGCAUGAUAGAGUGAUCUCCAGCCUUGUCCUCGUCAACACUCUCACCUGUGUUAACGAGAUAAUCACUGAAAUGAUGUCAGCUGGUCCUUUUGUGGCAGGGCUGAAAUGCAGUGGAAAUGUUUUUUGGGGAUUAAGUUCAUUUUCAUGGCAACGAGGGACUUUGCAAUUAAUUGCAAUUCAUCUGAUCACUCUUCAUAACAUUCUGGAGUAUAUGCAAAUUGCCAUCAUAAAAACUGAGGCAGCAGACUUUGUGAUAAUUCAUAUUUGUGUCAUUCUCAAAACUUUUGACCACGACUGUAUUUCAUACAAAGCAUCUCUUGCAGACCUGUCCUGACUUGAAAUAUCGCUAUUUCAAGUCAGGACAGGUCUGCAAGAUAGAGGAAAAACAUGACUACCUGACCUAUGCCAUAAAGUCCCCUAUACAGAGACUGUAGUAUACUUCAUAAAAUAAGAAAGACAAUGUAUAGCGUAAUGAAUCCUAUUGACGAUUUCCACCAGGAAGUAACUGUCAAAGCCAACCAGUCAAAGAAAAAAAAAGUGGACACACACACACACACACACACACACACAGUAUCAGUUUACUGUGUCAACUUCCAAUUUACUGCUGCCAUCCAGUGCUCAUCGAGGCACACUGCAAUUAUGUCUGUCAUUGCAGAAAAAUAAAUGUUAUAACAAAACGUUGUUUGCUUUUAUUACUGCAAGUAUGUUAUUCCAGUUAUUGUAACGUUCUGAGGACCAUACAUUUCAAAUCAACUUUCUGGAAUGGAUUUUUAACAUUAAUAAAAAUCUAAAUUCAUUUUCAGAAUUGACAGGAAUCAUUUGAAUUAAACAGUAAAAUUGCAAGUCUUUGGUCAACUAAAAACUAUUAACGUUUUCAAUCUUUGAUUAUAUUUCGAAUUUUAAUCGACUGGAUGGACAUCUGAGAUCUACUGCUUUGCCUUACGUCACAGAUUUAGGAAAAUAAAUCAAUCCAGAGUCACAGUUCACCAGGCAACAGCAGAGAUGGUAAGAAUGAAUAAAACAUGGCUUUUGUUUGAUGUUUCUAAGCGCGAAUGUUGCUUAAGUAAUACAAUUCAUUCCAUGGCAAAGGUGUUUGAUAAUUAAUGUAAAAUGUAAAAUUAAGGAUUCUAGCUAGAGCAUAUAGCUAGCUAUCACUCGUUGAAAGGAUAGUAAACUAGCUAGCCUAGCUUAGCACAAGUCUAUGAGCACAACAGAGGAAACGAGUGCACUGUGAGUAAGCAUAAAAUAUAGCAUGGAAUCUGGAAGUUUAUGAUUAUGCACGAGCUAGAUAGUUACCUACUGUCUUAAUGGCUAACUAUAUCAAUAAGAUUAAAUACAAACGUUCCAGCAUAGCUAGCUAGCUACAGUAACAAAACUAGUAACAUAACUAACUAGUUAGCUAACUUUAGAUGGCUAGUUAGCUACCUAGCUGUGUUAGCUAGCUAACGUUAGCCAGCGUAAUGUUGAUUGUUUCACUUUCGUUUUUUGACUGGCAAAAAAAUUACCCAACUUUAACGAAUGCGAUUGUUCUUUGCAGUCAAAGGCAGAUUUAAAUUGCAUGGCUGUUCUAGGUGCUGUCUUCCAAAUGCUUGCUGCUUGAACAAAUGUAGCUAGUUGUUAUACCUACCUCUGAAACGUUCAAACGUGUUUGACGUCAUGAGAGGUGCACACAUAGAGAUCCUAUUCUAAUUACUAAUUCUGUGGGUGCACUCCCAUGCCAGGUGACUGUAAACAAAGCCACAAGGUUGCUUCCUAGUUGGUGCUAUAAUUUAUUUAUAGCAAUGCAAUACCUUAGUCUAGAAUACUCUAGGGUGACAAACACAUUCUGUGUCGUGGUGUUUUUUUUGGUAGAUAACUCAUCGCAAUGCAAGAUAACUACGUAAGUAAAACAUGUAAUGUGUAUUUCCUGACAAAUAUACCGUGAAAACAUUGACACUACUGCAUUUUUUUCUACUUCUCUGUAGUUCCGUAACCAGUACGACAACGAUGUCACAGUAUGGAGUCCUCAGGUAAGGGCCAUGUUGCCUUACGAGAAAGCGACCUUAUAAGGUACUCACUAUACAAUUAACAUAACUCAACCUCCUCAGGUACUCACUAUUGCAUAAACAUAACUCAACGGACAUUCAAAUUAUUCUAAAUGUUUGGGUAAUGAGGUUCCCUGCAGUGUCUCCCAAAUAAGGUAACAUUAUCAAUGCACUUGUUUCAGGGGCGCAUUCACCAGAUCGAAUACGCCAUGGAGGCGGUGAAACAAGGUUCGGCUACAGUGGGGCUCAAGUCCAGAACCCAUGCAGUCCUGGUUGCUCUCAAGGUAUUUCCCAGUAACAUCCCAGUUUUAUUCUACACUGUGACAGCUUUAUUUUGUCAAGAGUUACAAAGGAGCUACACUGAGACGUCAGGAAAAAAGUAGUUUUUUUUUUUAACCUGCUACACUGGAUGUGGACAUGAGCCACACGUCGCAAUCUUGAAAAUAGAACCAGAGGGCGAUUUUAUGCUGAGUAGCACAGAGCCGGAGCUCUUACGCCCAUGUUUAAUUUAAAUUAAUAGGACCGUUUCACCCUCAGCAAAAGUUACAUCCUCCGGUGUGCCAGGCCAGUUAAGAUACCCUGAGAUUAAAUAAAAAUGUGGCUGUCCCACAGUUGUACUACAUGUAGUACCUACUUUUGACUGAGGUACUUUCCACACUUGCAGUGAUUAUCAAUGGGCUGUUGCGUGACACUGGUCAGAGCAUAUGAGCGGAGUGGAGCGGGAGCGAGCGUGGAGCGUGAGCGGACGGAUUUUGAACAGAGCGCAGAGCGGCAUUUUUAAAAGGACGGAGCGUCGCCCUAUGUCCCGCUCCAAUUUCGCUCGCUCACACCAAGAGUCUGAAGCAUGCUCAAGCCUGACCCAGAAUCCAUCUGUUUAAUUUAAUGUGUCGUCCAAUAAUUUUUAUUUUAUAGAGCGAGGAGCAGCAGCAGCAACAAGAGAAAAGCGUUGAGGAAUUCAAAAGUUUAUUCACUGCAGGCAAAGGCCCAACCAUAACAAGGGAGAGAAAAAGAGAGCUGGAUGUAGCAUUUUAAAAAAUGAUUUUCAUGGACUAUGAACCGCUGAGUAAAGGAGAACGCGAAGGGAUGCAACACUUCGCCAGCGCAGCUCAACCGGGCUACACCCCCCCCCCCCCAAGAAACUAUGAUAAAUCAGUACUUUACUUUGUCAAAUUUACAUCUGAGAUGCCCCAUUCACAUGCUUCAGCUGGCGAUCAAAAACGCCGUUAACGAGCACGACAACAUUAAUAGGCUGUUAGUGAAAGUCGGGCACCUGGUGAAAAGUGUACGCAAGAGCACAGAGGAAACCGACCAAUUAGGUGUCCGCCCCACAAAUGCCUGCGCCAUUCGAUGGAGCAGCCAGCUGCGGAUGAUUCAGUCGUUCAUCCGGUUGUUCCAAAAAGACCCGUUAUGGCAAAACAAACUCAAGUCUAAUGUUGCUAACAUCACCCUGAAUCAAGUACCGCAGCUGACGCACCUUGUCCGUGUGCUGACACCACUAGCAGACCUCACAGAAAAAAUGCAGAAGGAGCUGGGGAAGAUCCUCCCUGCUGUCACAGAAAUCAAAUCCCUGCUCACCGAUUACACUCACGCUGCACUUCCAAUGGGCAUCGCUGCUUUUGCAGAAACAUUGGCAAACAACGUGUCAAUUCGCUAUGGAAUAUACUAUACUGAUUAACAUCUCAUUUUAGCGUCAGUGUUAGAUCUCCGUUUCAAGACAGAAUGGAUAAUCCGAGAUUAGUCUGUAUGCAACAAAUUCGGGGAGAUAAAGUAAGGCUGUGGUUUAAGCUAAAAGUGAAAUACAUGCAGAUUUCGUUCCUUUUUUGGAGUGAGCGGGGGCGAUUUGAGUGGAGCGCGAUGCAAACUGCGUUGAGCGCUGAGCGAUAAUGAGCGGACUGGCCUGAUGUGGCUUUGAGCGGGGGGAGCGGAGGGGUGAACAACUCCGUGAGCGAGGAGCUGAGAUUCUCACCGCUCCACUCCGCUCAUAUGCUCUGACACUGGUGUAUGUGUUUCUCCACAGAGAGCCCAGUCUGAGCUGGCUGCUCACCAGAAGAAGAUCCUCCAUGUUGAUGAGCACGUUGGCAUCUCUAUUGCCGGGCUGACUGCAGAUGCCAGGCUCCUCUGGUACGACACACACACAUCUUGUGUCUAGUUGUAGAAAUACAAUUUAGGAGAAACCAUGACUUUGUAUGCAAAGUGUAUCCACUGUAAUCUGUGUCAAGAUUUCCCCUUCUAUCUUCCUCAACAGUAACUUCAUGAGGCAGGAAUGCCUGGACUCCAGGUUCGUGUUUGACAGGCCUCUCCCAGUGUCGCGCCUCGUCACUCUCAUUGGAAGUAGUAUCCUUUCAGUCAUGUUUUCACAUUUUUACCUCUAGAAGCCUGCACCACGGGGGGGAGGGGGGGGUUGAUAUUCCAAUCAAUGUUUCAAUGUCAAAAUGUACACUUUGGGCUUUCAUGAGUUAAGCGGUGAGGUCAGGUUUGGGAAUUGGCGUGGUGUGCUUUAGACUGUUAACAAUGUAACCCUUGACCAGUCCCUCAGAAACCCAAAUCCCCACACAGAGGUAUGGAAGAAGACCCUAUGGUGUGGGACUGCUUAUCGCUGGCUACGACGUAAGUUCUCUUUGUCAUCUGUAGAUAGAAACUAGUUAUGCUGAUCAAGGGGGUGUAACACUGUAUAAGUAGUGUGAUUCUUAAAGCAAUAAUAAUUAGUGAUGUGGAGCAUCUGUUAUUUUCUCCAUUUGAUCUCUUCUUGUAGGACAUGGGGCCUCAUAUCUUCCAGACCUGCCCCUCUGCAAACUACUUCGACUGUAAAGCCAUGUCCAUCGGCGCCCGCUCCCAGUCUGCCCGCACGUACCUAGAGAGACACAUGAACACCUUCCUGGACUGUGAGAGCAUGCACCCACCCACACACACCCACUGUAUUUGUAGUUCUAACAAGUACUAUCUACAAAUACAUACCUGAGGGAACAUACAUGUCUACUCAGACACUUACUAUAAAGUAGAUACCGUUUGAGGCUUGUUCACUGUAGCACAUCUCUCACACACACAUUUCAGCACAUGCUCUUUGCAUUUAUCCCUUUGUCCAUUGCAUUGUCUAUACUCAGGUAAUCUGAAUGAGCUGGUCAGGCAUGGUCUGCUUGGGCUCAGAGAAACACUCCCUGCUGAACAGGACCUCACGACUAAGGUAAGCUGCUAUGGCUCAACCAACUUGUCAUUGCCCUUUUUCCCAACUGUACAGGGCUGUGUUCAUUAGGUCACGCAACAGAACAUGUUUUGCAACAUUAAAAUGAGCAUUUCUUAGUCCAGUUAGUCCUUCCCUGUUUUAGUCUGUUUUCUUCUGUUUGGUGCCUAAUGAACACGACCCAGGCCUUUACUGAGUAGCGCUCCCUGCCUUUCAGAAUGUCUCCAUCGGCAUUGUGGGGAAAGACAUGGAGUUCACCAUCUACGACGAUGAUGACGUGGCUCCUUUCCUCGUGGGUCUAGAGGAGAGGCCACAGAGAAAGGUAGGAGUCGGCUUGGAGUUAACAAUGGAUGUCAUUAAGGAAAGUGGUUGGAUUAAUGCUAGCCUGGAUCCACACUGAAACAGAACAAUUCGUUUGGAAUCCAGGGUAGUAUAAUGCACCCUCAAAUAUAUUUGUAUAUGUAAAUAUAAUAUUAGAGAAUGGUUAACAAACAUGACAUCACAAAUUUCAGAUCACAAAAUUGGCUGUUGAACACAUCAACGUUGGAAUUGCACAUUAUCAUUGAACGGUAGCCAAUCAAGAUUGUGUGAUGUGGGCCACUGCUAACCUGUCCUUCUGUCUGUCCUUCAGGUUGUCCAGGCUGCAGAUGAGCCUGCAGCAGACAAACCUGAUGAGCCAAUGGAUAUCUGAGACUUGGAGGACGCAGAAUGAUUACACACUUGUCACACUGCAGUUGCCAGAAACCAAAUCCAACACAGCACCGCUCUCACUGAACUACAAUUGGGCAAUUCUGUACUGUGACAAUAUGCCACUCAUUGAAAACAAGUGAAUUGUAUGCUUUCUGCUAAUAACAUUGGAUGUUGCUUUUCUAUUGGUAGAAUGUUCAAUUCUAUAAGUAAUAAAACCUUGUUUCUCA